AUAUAGAGGAGCCAACCAUCCCAUAUUUCUUGGCUGCCACCAUGAGAGGACCAGGGUUAUUCUGCUGCUGCCUGACAGCUCUUCUGCUGCUUGGGGGUGCAGAUGAUGUGAAUGAAGCAGAAGAAAUAACUACAAGGGACCGGACCCACAUAGACAGCACUCUGAAACUCACAGAGGAUAGUCCAAAAGAUGAUUACGCAGGGGCACUGCAGCGGCUAAGGAAAAUUUAUCAUAAUGCCAUCAGACCUCUGGAACUGUCUUAUAAAUACAAUGAGCUGAGACAGCAUGAAAUUACAGAUGGUGAGAUCACUUCCAAACCAAUGGUUCUCUUCUUGGGUCCCUGGAGUGUGGGCAAGUCCACCAUGGUCAACUACCUCUUGGGACUGGAUGAUACUCCAUAUCAGCUGUACACAGGUGCUGAGCCCACCACUUCUGAAUUUACCGUCCUGAUGCAUGGGCCAAAGAUGAAGACUAUUGAGGGCAUUGUCAUGGCAGCUGAUAGUUCCCGCUCUUUUUCCCCACUUGAGAAAUUUGGACAGAAUUUUCUGGAGAAACUGAUCGGGAUUGAGAUCCCUCACAAGCUUCUGGAAAGAGUUACUUUUGUGGAUACUCCUGGGAUCAUUGAGAACCGUAAACAGCAGGAGAGAGGUUACCCAUUUAAUGAGGUUUGCCAGUGGUUCAUUGAUCGAGCUGAUCUGAUCUUUGUGGUUUUUGACCCAACCAAGUUAGAUGUUGGCCAGGAGCUGGAAAUGCUGUUCCGGCAGCUGAAAGGACGAGAGUCCCAAAUCCGUAUAAUCUUAAAUAAGGCUGACAGCUUGGCCACUCAAGAACUAAUGAGGGUUUAUGGAGCACUAUUCUGGAGUUUGGCUCCUCUGAUCAAUGUAACAGAACCACCAAGAGUCUAUGUCAGCUCUUUCUGGGAAGAUGACUACCACCCUGACACACACAAGGAACUCUUCCUUAAGGAGGAGAUCUCCCUUUUAGAAGAUCUCAAACAGGUCAUUGAGAAUCGUCUUGAAAACAAGAUUGCUUUCAUCCGGCAGCAUGCUAUUAGGGUUCGCAUCCAUGCUCUUCUAGUGGACCGUUAUCUUCAUACUUAUAAAGACAAGAUGACAUUUUUUAGUGACGGAGAGCUAGUAUUUAAGGACAUUAUUGAAGACCCUGACAAAUAUUUCAUCUUUAAAUCCAUCCUCGCUAAGACCAAUGUCAGCAAGUUUGAUCUCCCCAACAAAGAAGCUUACAAAGAUUUCUUUGGGGUCAACCCAAUUACAAGCUUUAAACUCCUUUCCCAGCAGUGCUCCUACAUGGGUGGCUGUCUUUUAGACAAGAUUGAGAAAGCCAUCACUCAUGAGCUACCAGAUCUUCUUGGCAGCAUUGGCCUCGGUAAAAAACCCGGGGCACUCAACUGUGACGUAACUGGAUGCGGAGAGGCUCCAAAAAAUCGCUACAGGAAACAUUAACUGCUUUCCCUCAAGAUACCAUAAUCACCAAAACAAUCUCAAAGUGUUUCAGCACCAUAACAAGGUCCCGUGAUCUUUCAGUGAUGGAGUUAAUCAGCUCCAGAAGACCUUGAGGACUCUGCCCUCCUUACAAUGUGUCCUCAAGGUGUGUUGCAAAGAUGAUACUGUUUAAACCCUUCUGUGCUGAAAAGAUCAAUGCAUUGGUGGUCAUUCGUAAAGAAUUAAGGAAAGCGCUUGAGGUAUCUAAAAGGAAGUCUGAUAUUCUUGAUGGGACUCUCAGAGAGACUGCAGCAAAUUAGGAUUUCACUUUUUUCUCACUAGGUUUCUAACUUCACAAACAUUUCAUUAAAAAAAACAAUAAUACAAUAGCUGCAUACUGUUCUGUUUUGAGACCAAGAUGGCUAGGGCAAGUGAGAAAUCUCAAUUUACUGCAGUCUCUUCUGAUACUUCUGGCAUUGCAAAAUCCCAAAUCAGAGAAAUGUUUAAAUAUGCCUUUUUUACGUUAUGAAGGUCCAUCAUUGUAAAUAUGUAAACUCCAUGUCUAAACCAAUCUUCUAUAGAACACAAAGUCUUCCCUGAAGCAACCAGUGAAUUGGUAGGUUUUAAUUAUUUAAGAUAUCAACACGAGGGCUUCCGUUUUGUGGAUCUGCUAUAAACUACCUAUUAAGGCAAUACAAUAGUCUAAAAUUAUAUGAAACUGUUGGGGUGGGAAAGCAAUGCUCAAUUUACCAAAAUUGUACUGAGUUUAUCCUAUGUAUGUGUGCCAUGGCUCCCUUUAAACUGCCUAUAUUUAAAACAGCAUUACUGUCUGUAUGCGUAUAUUUUUAUUUUUUUUAAAACAUAGGUCUCCCUGCUGCAUUUUGAAACUGUUUUUCUUAUUUUUACCAUUUUUUUAACCAUUUUAACCAGUUGCUGUUCUGUUCCUUAGCAACCUCUAAUCUCACAAAUACUGAAGAAGCAACAGUCAAAAAUGCUGCUUUCUAUUAUCUUUACAAGGCCAUCUAAGCAUGUUACAAUGCACCAGUAGUAUCAACAGCUUGACAAUUUAUUAAUAGAUUUUUGUAUGCACAAGUGCCAGUUAGACACAUAAAGAUGCAUGGUCUUUGUUCAUGUGCUUCAAUUUGCCACAACUGCACACAAUCACAGUAACAUUUUUUUUUUAAAGGGAUCCUGUCAUUGUAAAACAUGUUUUUUUCAAAACACAUCAGAUAAAAGUGCUACUCCAGCAGAAUUCUGCACUGAAAUCCAUUUCUCAAAAGAGCAAACAGAUUUUUUUAUAUUCUGCUUUCUGGCAGGCUGCUGUUUUUCCUUCUCAAUGUAACUGAAUGUGUCUCAGUGGGACAUGGGAUUUUACUAUUGAGUGCUGUUCUUAGAUCUACCAGGCAGCUGUUAUCUUGUGUUAGGGAGCUGUUAUCUGGUUACCUCCCCAUUGUUCUUUUGUUUGGCCGCUGGUGGGAAAAAGGGAAGGAGUGAUAUCACUCUAACUUGCAGUACAGCAGUAAAGAGUGAUUGAAGUUUAUCAGAGCACAAGUCACAUGACUUGGGGCAGCUGGGAAAUUGACAAUAUGUCUAGCCCCAUGUCAGAAUUCAAAAUUGAAUAUAAAAAAAUCUGUUUGCUCCUUUGAGAAAUGGAUUUCAGUGCAGAAUUCUGCUGGAGCAGCACUAUUAACUGAUUCAUUUUGAAAAAAAACAUUUUUCCCCAUGACAGUGUCCCUUUAAGAAUGUGUUGUUAAGUGUAAAUCUAAAUAAGUACAUGUACCAGACAGUAAUGCUGCUAUAAUAUAGCUGCACAAUGUCCAUUAAACAAUAUAGUGUAAAUGGUUUCAAUAAAAGGAAAUACAGCCUCUUCAAGGGAUACCUUAACCCUUUAAAUUUUAGUAGGACAUCAAUCAGGAUAAUAUAUGUCAGAUAUUUGAGUUGGAGGCUGGAAGGUUAACGGUUAGCGUAUAAAAAAAGGGUAAAGUUCUAAUUGUUUUGACUUUAGUGUGAUUUUCUGUAAGUUUAGUUAAUCGCUUACAUGCUGAAGGCCCCUGCGCCUGUUGCAGGAGGAUCACUAUACUGAGAUACAUCUGGAGCUAAUUGAGAUAUUCCUUCUGGAAGAUUUUGACGGGGUUAUCAAAAACCGUCAUGGAAGCAUUGAUUAUUGGCAUCCUCCUACAAAGUCCCCGCAGGCCCCUUCAGCACUUGUUGGAUUAAUAUAAAGUAGAUUUAGAUAUAAAUGAAUGGGGUAAGCAGCAGAUGACACUUCCUUGGUCCAAAUAAUGAAUCCAAUAUUUUUUUUUAUCAUCAAUUAUACUUCCAGUUUGUUAUUAUGAGCCUCUGGACUGAUUCUCCUCUUCAAAUAAAAUUGUUUGAGCUUGUCAAAA